UCUGGUUCUAAAGAGGAAAGUGUCAGCAGCUCCGAGGAUCAGUGAACUCAGCAGGCUGAGCUGAUUGCGCUCCUUUUCCAGGACGUUUUGCAGCCUUAUUAAAGAGCUUUGUUCCCCACUUUAUUACAGGACAAGAGGCAGAAUAAAAUCCAGCAUAUAUCAGUGGGGAUUCAUCCACCUGCUGUCUGCCGGAGCCACCGGCAGGAGUUUGUCCCCUGCAGCAGCGGCAGCAGCAUCGAGCGGCAGAAGUUGCGCGUUUUUUUCCCAACCACAUCUCUUCUUUCCACCUUCAUGCUCUCCACGCGAGCUGACGCGCAGAGGAGCGAGAUGCUCGUCGGAUCUGAGGCUCUGUUUGCGCCUGGAAAAUGACUGCAGCCGCGGGUGAGCUUUCCACCAUGGUGAGGAGAUGCCCUGUCACUUUCAAACCGUUCAGGAUCUUUGUAGUCGGGGUCGGCUUCUUCAGCCUGUGCUUUCUAAUGACCUCUCUCGGGGGUCAGUUCUCGACCAAGCGACCCGGAGACCCGCCUUUCACCACUCGAGCUGAAGUGCUUGGUGGCCAAGACUCUCGUGGGGUGUUGAGAAAAAUCAGUGACAUGCUGGAAAUGAUUAUGAAGAGGAUGGACACUCUGUCAAAACUGAGCAACACCACUGACACCCGCAGGCUGGAUGAACUCAGCUCCGCCCUCGACAGGAUUCAGCCGAUGGGACUAGUGGAGCGGAUCCAGGCCAUUGCUCAGAACAUGUCUGACAUGACCAUGAGGGUGGAGCAGAUACUGCAGCGCAGCAUGGCCAACAACCGAGUUCGAGAUGGAGCCUUUGGGUUUUGUGAAAUUCCCAAAGAUCCUCGUUAUCCCGACUGCAGCAGCAAGAUGGAUGCUGUGUUCCAGUCUGAUAUUGGGACUCUGCUGGAGCAGGUGGGCACUGGGAAGGAGUCUUUGAGCUUCAUGAAGAGACGAAUACGCAGGCUGGCAGCGCAGUGGGCCUCCGGUGCCCGACGACUGCAGGACAAACUCCACAGCCGCUGGAGAGAGCAAAAGAGGAUUCUAGUCCAUGUCGGCUUCCUGACGGAGGAGUCUGGAGAUGUGUUCAGUCCCAAGGUGCUGAAGGGAGGUCCUCUGGGGGAGAUGGUGCAAUGGGCCGACAUUCUCACUGCUCUACAUGUGCUCGGACAUGAAGUCAAGAUCUCGGUUUCUCUGAAGGAACUGCAUGGGUUUUUGGGUGUCCCUCCUGGAAGAGGAAGCUGUCCCCUGACAGGACCUUUACCCUUUGACCUCAUCUAUACUGACUACCACGGUUUGCAGCAGAUGAAGCAGCAUAUGGGUCUGUCUCUGAGGAAGCACAAGUGCCACAUCCGCGUGAUUGACACCUUUGGGACUGAGCCUGCCUACAAUCACGAGGAGUACGCCACCCGUCACGGCUACAGAACAAACUGGGGCUACUGGAACCUUCACAGCCAGCAGUACAUGACCAUGUUCCCCCACACACCUGACAACUCCUUUAUGGGCUUUGUGGCGGAGGAGCUGAAUGAGACCGAGAGGCUGUUUAUUCAGAGGAACAAAGUCAACAACAUGGCGGUUGUGUACGGCAAAGACGCCAGCAUGUGGAAGCUUCAAGGUAAGGAGAAUUUCUUGGCAAUUCUGAAUCUCUACAUGGAAAUCCACGGCACUGUGUACUACGAGACGCAGCGUCCCCCAGAGGUUCCUGCUUUUGUCAAGAACCAUGGUCUGUUGCCUCAGCAGGAGCUGCAGCAGCUUCUAAGAAAAGCUAAGCUCUUCAUUGGAUUUGGCUUUCCUUACGAAGGCCCCGCCCCAUUGGAAGCCAUAGCCAAUGGCUGCAUUUUUCUUCAACCCAAGUUUAAUCCCCCGCACAGCUCCCUCAAUCAUGAGUUCUUCAGAGGGAAGCCCACCUCCAGGAAGGUGUCCUCGCAGCAUCCGUAUGCUGAGCAGCAUGUUGGCAGGCCGCAUGUCAUCACCAUCGACUUCAAUAACACUGAAGAGUUUGACGCAGCCAUUCGUGAGAUCAUGAGGAUUGAUGUGGAGCCAUUUCUGCCAUAUGAGUACACCUGUGAGGGAAUGCUUGAACGACUCCAUGCCUAUAUUCAGAAUCAGGACUAUUGUUCCCCAGAGGUCCUGUUCCCUCCAGUAAACAUGUCUUGGGCUCUGCUCGGAGGACCGUUCAUUCCGCUGGCCAACUCCAGAAUUUUCGCUUGGUCCUCCAACAUGAGCUCCUUUUCGUCGUGGCCUCCUCUGUCUGCUCUGCUGCUGUUAUCAUCACUGCAAGGCCAGUCGUGUGUGGAGGCAUGCCAGACUGAAGGGCUAAUCUGUGAACCUGCCUUGUAUCGUUUCAUCAACAUUAAGGAAGCCUUCAGCGCGCUGGACUUCCGGUGUGACGGAGUGGAGUCUGAAAUGAACCACCUCUUCCCUGCCUUCUCCGCAGAGCACGCUGAAUGUGGUCUGCAGCAUGACCCGCUGCUGUUCAGCUGCGCUGGCUCCAGCCCAAAAUACCAGCGUCUUUGCCCCUGCAGGGACUACCGUAAGGGACAGGUGGCGCUGUGCAAGGACUGCCUAUGACCAAAUGAGGAGCCUUGCAGAAGGCGUCUCGUUUACAGCGCUUUGUAAAGUCCCAAACUCUCCCAAGUGUUUGGCAGUGAACCUUUGAACUGAAAAAGCUGUGAUGUUAAGCGGCCGCGCUGACUUUUAGCAAUGACCUGGAAAAGCCUGCUAAGAAAGGGAGCAUUUUAUUGACCUCUCAGGGAAUUGCAUGAUUGUGCUUUGAAUUUGAAUGGGUUAGAAACCUAUGUUUACAAGUUCUCAUAAUGGCGUUGUUACAAAAGGAAGAAGAAAUGUUUAAUUUCAUGGACGAGUCMGAACAAAACUCAACAGCAAUCAUUAGUAGAGUUUAGUUUAAAAUCGGUUUGAAGCGCUUGAAUUUUAAAGGGAUAUUUAUUCAGUUUUGUGAGAAUACUGACAGCAUCAUAGUGAGAUAUUUGUAUAGAUGCACCUAAAGCCAUUUACACCACUUUGAAAUGUACUAUUUUACAUGUUCUGUGAAAAACAAUAUUUGUACAUAAGUGUUGUAUAAUAAAAGACGAUGAAAAAUGA